CAUUUCCUCUAUUACAUGAUUAAAAAGUCCUGAAAUUAAAAUUUAUCUUAAAAUCAAAUAUUACAAACUCGUCUAAGAAUUUAAAUUUGAAUUUAACAACAUCCUAUUAACGUAAACUAAAUGAGUGCUGCAGGAAAAAGUUUCAGGACUCCCUGGGUGGAUCGAAAUUAAAUUUCUAAUCAUUUUUCUUAAAUCUUUCUAGUGGAGAAACGAUAAUAUCGCGAGUUUCGUCUAUUGUUGCUUCGCAAUAACGAAAACUGCCGUCUGGAAGUGAUUAACGCGAUUAACAAAUGAAAAUUCUUGAUGAGAAGAGAUCCACCCCCUCGUGAUUAUUUAUUAUUUAAAUGAAAAUAUUAUUUUCAAACUAAUUAACGCCUUGUGACAUCUCUAUCAUCAAAUUUUCGAUUUCGUUAUCGCGAUAGCACAGUACGAGAGAACAUUGCAAUGAUGAGCCAAAAUGAUUACCUCAAUAAAGUUGAAAUCGAGCCGGAGAACGAAUGUUGCACUCAAGCUUUGGAGGAGACAAAUUAUUCAGAUGAAGAGGAAGAAGAAAUCCAUCAACUGACGCAAGCACUGUUGAGCUCAGCACAACGAAGAGGACCUGAUGUAGCGAUUAACGAUUAUGACAGCAGUACGGGUGCGUGACUUAAGGAGAAUCGGGUUAGAGGCAAAUUCCAGAAUAUGAUGAGGUCUAAAUGGUCAAGACCCACAGAGUGUCUUCGGAAAAAGGCCGGCGCUGUCACACUGGCCUUUCCCUGUCUCCUUAUUUUCUCACUUUACUUCAUUUCUGGUCAUUAUAUGGAGUAUGAUGGGUACUUGCCACACAAAUUAUAUAAUCUAGAAGAUGAAUUAGUCGAUGGGUACUUAGUCUGGAACCCAAAAUGUCACAUGCUCUCCGAAAACCCCACGGACCCAUCGAUAAUUCAGUACAUCAAAAAGCUAAAAUUCGAGCCAUGUACUCACGGCCCUCUCCUAAGUUUUAUUGAAAAAGGUGUAAAUGGAUCGCACGCUCUAGUUAUUGACGAAAAAGUCACCAAAAAUUAUGAAAAAUUCGUCUGCUGCUGGUCUCCAAUCACACGGCCUAUUCCCAAAAAGCCUCCCACAGGAGAGUGGGACACAAAAAUUGACUUAGGAAAAUGUCAAGAUUUCCAUAACCGCGUCCAGCUGCCAGCUGGUCUAGAGAUCGUCAUGCUGUCUUGUCGACUCAAAGGCAGCUCAAAAAAUAUCCACAGCAAAUCUCACAUCGUAUACGAGAACAUUCACCCCAUCUUGAAUACCCUGAAGGUUCAGAGUAGACUUGACACAUCGGAAGCCUCCGAACAGAGUCAGAAAAACCAAACAAAUCCCAGAAGAAAGAUCAGCAUCCUGGUCCUAGGAAUAGACAGCGUUUCCAGUCUGAAUUUCCAGCGAAGUUUACCAAACACGAGACGUUAUUUAACAGCCACUGGUUGGAUUAAUCUUCAAGGAUACAACAAAAUGGGGGACAAUACAUUUCCAAAUUUGAUGGCCAUUCUCACUGGUCAAAAUAGUACAACUGCAUUUGCUAAUUGCAAACCAUUUCAAGCUUACGGAUUGGACAACUGUCCAUUUUUAUGGUAUAAUUUCCGAAAUGCUGGAUAUGUCACUGCUUACGCUGAAGAUGUGGUACCUCUGAGCACAUUUAAUUAUCUCAAGGUGGGAUUUGUUGAUCCUCCAACUGACUAUUACCUCAGGCCUUACAUGAUAGCCACUGAGAAGCUCUUAAAAUGGAAAAAACGAUUCAAUGCAAAAUAUUGCACAGGACCUGAACUAGUUGUUGACAGGAUUUUCGAUUAUGCAUUGAACUUUGCUAAAACAUUUCUUGGCUUUCCUUAUUUCGGUUUCUUCUGGACAAAUACGAUCAGCCAUGAGGAUGUGAAUGGGCCAUCAUCAAUGGAUAAUCACUUUUUGGGAAUGUUCAAGAAGUUUGAAACAUCAGGAAUUACGAAUGACACUCUGAUGGUGUUUCUGAGUGAUCACGGUAUGCGAUGGGGUGGAAUAAGAAAUACGUUCAUUGGUUGGUAUGAGGAGAGAUUGCCCUUUAUUUAUUUAAAACCCCCAGAAUGGAUGAAGGAAGACCCCAGCGUAUUUCAAUCACUCAGAAUCAAUGAACAUCGUCUGACUUCACCUUAUGACCUUUAUGAGACAUUUCGUGAGGUGCUUAUCAAGUCCGGAGGGGCGGCCAAUGCCAGUAGUGGAUGUUCCACAUGCCAAAGUUUAUUAAAACCAGUGCCAAUUGAGAGGGGUUGCGCUGACGCUGGGGUUUCCCCUCACUGGUGCACAUGCACUGCCUUUAAACCUGGAAACACUGACGACGAAAUUGCUAAAGAAGGUGCUAAAGCAUUUCUCCAACAUGUGGAGAAAACCAUUAAAGAUUAUAGGGAUAAAAAAGGUAGAAGACUGUGUGCAAAACUUAGAAUUAAAAAAAUUCAUAGAGUUGAUAAAAUCAUCGAUCUGCAUAAUUUUUCAAAUCAUUCUAUUACUGUUGAGGGAUAUUUUUACUUGAUCGAAGUGACUCCUGGUGGAGGCAAGUUUGAGAUCACUAUUAGAGUCCAUGGAAAGGGAAAUUACAGUAUUUCUGAUGACGAUAUUAGUAGAAUUAAUUCUUAUGCUGAGAGUGCCCACUGUCUCGAUCACGGAUACAAACGAUUUUGCCAUUGCAUAAAGUAGCGAUGGGGUAGUUGAUGGGGUCAGCAGUAAAAUCGACUUAGGAUUAAUCUUGUUAUGGGAUAAAAAUAUCAUAGAAAAACGGAGUUAUGAUAUUAUCCUUAGUAUGUGGUUGUAAUUGGUAAAAAUACCCUUGAAUUGCACCUAAUGGGGUACCACUGAUUUUGAGUAAACUUAAGUCACUCAGUGGUGUUGUAUCAAAUGAAAACUUUAAAUUCUCAUCAACGAAUUUAGUUGACUUGCCUAAAGAUAUUAAAUGUUAGAGCAGUCAAACAUUUUUCUUGAAAUGAUUGAGAGACUGUUUUGAAGGAUCGUUUAUUAUCGCACCUUCUCAUAAUUGCAAGUCCAUUAUCAGAAUUUAAUGUUGAGUUAUAUAAAAGACUCAUCUUUUUGAAAUCAAAGCUGUUGUUCUCUUUAUAUGAAUCGGUUUCCACUUUUUCGAGUAAAUUAGGAGAAGCUUUUAAUUGCUUUAUGGAAUUUAAUUUUAAUUGAGUUAGAGACAGACUUAUUUGAUGAUUUUUAUCCCUUUGUAAUUACAAUUAAGUCUCCUAGAAAGCAAAUGAUUCUGUAAAGAAUUUUUCUUUAAAAGAGAAAAGAAAAUGUCUUCAUAUAAAUAAGAAAUUAAUUAACUCCCAUACGCAAUUGAAAGGUUCUUUUAAGUCAAUCGAAACAGUGAAACCGACUUCAUAUUAUGAAAACAUCUCUGAUUGCGAAAAGAGGAAUACAUGACCCAUCAUUAAUGAUGGUGGUCAUCAUGAUCAUGAUCAUGUUUUACCGAUUAUAAUGAUGAUUGUUGAAAUUUCUAUUUGUCCCUCAUUUCAUGCAAUAAAUCAAUAUUUUAUAACAAACACGGAUAAUAUUAUAAUUCCGGUUUGCUGUGAUACUUUCAAACAAUAAUAAAAAUAAUUUUUCUGUGAAAUUUUGAUUCCAUAACAAGAUUGACUCUCAAGACUACAGCGCUAAUUAAUCGUAAACGUGCGCAAAGUGCGCAUUAUUGUUCUAGUGUUUAUUAACAAACCACUAAUAAUUUUUCCUGGAUCGACGUCUGUGUUGAAAGAAUAGUUAUUAAAUCAAGCGAGACAAUACAAUGAGUAAUUACAAAAUAAUGCUAUAUGAAAUGUUGAUAAUUAAUUUGUAAACAAUGAUGGAAACGGCUAUUUUAAUUCGAUUAAUAAUAGUGUAGAUAUAAGCUAUUACAUAAAGUCAUUAUUGACUUCGACUUAACCCUUCUCUCAAAUUUAGGAAUAUUCUGAGAACCAUUCGAUUCAUAGGAUUAUUGAAUAUGUAGCGCAAUUUUUGUGUUCCAUCAAUAGAAAAUUCUGUCAAAGUGGUCACACUUUUCAGGAAUUGUGAAAAAGUUUUAUUGUUGAAUCUAUUCUAGUCUAUCACUUUGCUACAGAACACGUAACACAUGCUAUAUAGUGAUGCUUUUGCGGAUUAGGUUUUCUCCUGAUAUUUUUGCGAAGAACACUUUGUAGAGAUGAGUCCAGAAUUUUCGACAACAGGAUCACUAACUGAUUGGAGUUCUUCAAAAUAUGCCUGCCAGCCAACAGGAAAAUUCGCUGUUUUGAUUCAAUAUUCUAUAAAAUGUGAGAUGAUGAAUUAUUUUGUUAAAUAAGGUAUAAAAAAAUUGAAUUGACAAAAAAAUAUUGGAAAAUGAUGAAAUGCAAUUAUAUGGAUGAGAUUUUUAUUGUGUUAAAGGGUGUCAUUUUUUUCUGCAUAUCAUGUUUCAGUUAAUUUCUACACUGAGAGGGAAAUAUCAUAAAUUUUAUGGAAUAUAUAUUGUUGGAUGCACAUACUUUAUGGAACAAUGACCCAUUCUCGACGAAAUUUUUCAUUAUCCCACUGGAAAAAUGAAGAGUUAAAUGGUGACACAAUAGAAUUUUAUCUGAUGCAAAAGAAUAUGUAUAUAUGUAUAUGAUAUAUGUAUUCAACAAGAUAUAUUUUAUAAAAUUCACUCGGUGAGAAAUUUUCAAUAAAAAUUACGUAUCUUUUUCUUAAUCCAGGACUCUUAAGCAUUUUUUUUCU